AUGGUUGAAUCCACUGAUUACUCGUUUGAAGUCGAAUUUAGCGAGGAUGCAAUGGAUGUAGAAAUGGAUGACGUCCAAGAUGGCAUGUCACACUUGGCAAUUGGGAAAGAGCACUUAAAUGAGAGUACUCUCGGUAAGUUGCCGCUGCAGGAAUCGGAGUCGCGAGAGCCUGAGACGAACGAGAAUUCUUCAGAGAAAGCCGGAGAUGAGAGCCUAACAACCAAGUCUCCUACGGACUUAAAAUUACGAAACUUAGGUAUUUCACCAGAUUGUGUUGAUUAUCGUGGUGUCACUAUCCGUAUGCUGAAUUCUUCGUACGCCGAGCGCCCGAGGGACUCGCAAAUGGACCAAAUACGCUACGCUCGUGAAAACGGCUGGAUUCAGGGUCGCGUUGAUUCUUUGAGCAUACCCAUUUUGGAGACUGUGGCAGAUGAGAAUUCAUAUGGGCCCCGAGACCCAUUGGAGCAGCUCGCAGAUCAAAUGGCCGGUCAUCAGGUGAUUUGUGCGGUUGAAGAUUGUGAGGAGGAAACCAAUUUGACCGUACUGGAGAUGCACAAAAAAUCGGUUGACAGGGCUUAUGAGGAGUCUUACCAAAGAGGAUUAAUCUACCAAGCUACACAAGAACUCAUGGCUCCCAGAAAUGAGCUGGGUGUAUUGGAUUAUUCUUUAGUCAGUAAAGAAGGGGUUGACAUGACUCUUUUGGGCUCUGACUCGUAG